CAGGGGUCGUAUCUGGUAUUGCAGCUCAGCUCCAGUGAAGUGAAUGUCAUACCGCACACCACCUGUGGACAGGGGUGGAGCUGCUUCUUCUAGUCCUGGACAACCCCUUUCAUAAAAACCCCAGCUGGCGGGUCACAUGACUGCUGGGGGGGGGGAGAUAAUGGACGCAGCAGCAGAAGUCUUAUAAUGGCCAAUAACACAACCUCCAGCUGAAAAUCAGGACUUAACCCUCGAAGGAAAUACUCAUCUCUCCCUGCGGAUUUUAACCGUGAAGUGUUUCUUCGAAGGUGGAGGAUUCUUUUAAGGUCCGCCGCUAAGGGGGGGAGAAGACGUCCGUAAAGACGCAGUCAUUGCUAUAACAGGUUUUACUGGAGGUCGGGACCAGAUGAGCCGAGCGGGCAAGGUACUGACUAAUGAUGGCAAUGUGAAGUCUUCCUGUCUGUUCAGUGUUAUUAUAUUUCUUAUAUUUUUGUGACUUUUUGGCUUUUAUUUUAAAAAAAUUAUAAAAAUGACCCAAGACAAAAACGCAGGCCCCUGCCCCGAGCGGUGGGCCCGGCCUUGUAGGUACAUGCACAGUUUAUGUGCCUAUAAAUAUUCGCUGCAGGAACCGGUUUGGCAGGAUGUCGCAGGCCGCGCUUUGUAUUUACCUGUCGAAGCACGUGUUUUUUUUUUUUUUUGCGGAAGUGUAAACCUCAGACACCAGGUGUACGGACAGACUCCCGCCGCCGCCCUCACCCAGGAUUAACCCCUUGCACUCCUUUGCUCGUUGACUUUUUACCUUCCACCUUGUGUGCGUCCCUCCCGUCCGCUCCCCCUCCCUCCACAGCUGGUUCACUUUCUAUGAAUGUGGCCCUGAAGUGCCUGUCAUGGGGAGGUCCCUGUGUCACCUCCAGAACGACGACGUGGUACAUUCUGCCCGGCAAGGUCUUACAGUACGAGGGAGACGAGGAGCGGGACGGCGUCGUGUACGGUGUAUAUCUACGAAACGCAAGCUCCCAGCAGCCUCCUGUUAGAGUGUUAGCUCUGCGUGCCGGCACUGUUCCCAAGCUUAUCCUCCAUCUCCUGGAAGCUCGGAUUCUGGGGGACGCCACCUACAUCCCAGCCUUCCUGGCCACGUACCGCACCUUCACCAGUCCCCAUGAAGUGCUGAGGACGCUGCUGCACAGGUUGGAGGGCAAUGACUACACUCGGGCAACUGAUAACUCCUAUGGAGGAAAAGAUGAUGACGUCAGCAGUCUCUUCUGCGGCUGGAUGUCUCAGUAUCCAGAGGACUUUAUAUCACUGGACCCUGGUGUGAGGGAAGAACUGUCUCGCUGCUUCUUACGACUGAAGAAAGCAAACUUGGUGCCAAAACUACAGGAGGUCAAUGGCGGGCGAAAGACCGUGACCGAGGAUGUCCCCUCGGCAGGAGGGGAGACCGACUACUACGACCCCUUAGAUAUCCUGACGUUCCAAGCCGGAUACGUGGCGGAGCAACUGACCUGCCUGGAGGCGUCUCUCUUCUUAAAAGUCGUCCCGUACGAGUGCCUGGGGUCCGUGUGGUCUCGCAGAGACAGGGGAGGAGAGCACUGUGACCGAUGCCACUCUGUCCGAGAGACUGUCCGCCACUUUAACCGCCUGUCAAGGGCUGUCACAUCGUCGUGCGUCCAGGACGCGCAACUGAAGCCACAACAAAGGGCUAGGGUCAUUGAGAAGUGGGUGCGAGUGGCCGAGGAAUGCUGGAACCUCAGGAACUUCUCCUCCGUCUAUGCCAUCCUCACGGCCUUACAGAGUACGUCUGUGCACCGCUUAAAGAGAGUGUGGGCAGAGACGUCCAGGGAAAUCCAGCGCAGUUACCAGGACAUGAGCGAGGUGUUUUCUGAGAAGGACAAUUACACCCGGAUGAGGGAGCUGCUUUUCCAGUCUCAGGACGCUUCUGAUGUAACCUCCAAAAAACACUCUCCCCGUGCCAGAGACCCCCGAGCCACGGGGGUCAUCCCGUACCUCGGAGUCUUCCUCACUGACCUCGUUAUGCUGGACUCCGCCAUCCGGGAUCAUCUGGAGAACGGAUUCCUGAACUUUGAGAAGCGCAGGAAGGAGUUUGAGUCGCUUUCUCAGAUCCGGCUCCUGCAGACCGUCUGCCUAGGAUAUCGCCUCACUUUAGAUCCGCACUUCGUCGGCUGGUUCCAGAGACUGCGUCUUCUCAGCGAGGACGAGAGUUACCGAUUGUCAUGUGACAUUGAAUCAAACCAAGAUGCAACGGUAACCCCACCGGCACCAGUGAAGCCUACAGUGAUCAUCACACACUGCACGGAUCUUCUGGCCUCUAUUGCGGCGCCAUUUGGACCCAGCAUGCACCUGGUGUCCUGGGACACGCCCUGCGAGCGGCUGCUGACUCCAAGCCUGAGCCCGCAACAGAAAAGCCCUUCAGUUCCGACCCUGGAUACACAAAGCUCCCCCAAACCAGCGCACAAAGGCUUGCUGAGCCCGGUAAGGACACACAGACGUUCUGCAUCUUGUGGCAGUCCGCUGAAUGUGACGCUGAAUGUGCAGCACAGCGCCUCUUCUGAGAGCAUCACCGAGCAGGGAAAAUUUCCUGACCCUGCAGCAGACUUCCGCAUCAUUCGAGCACGGGUGGAGCCAGCAGAGAAGAACAGCGUCUACAAGAGCGUGCGGAUCAACAGUCAGGAGAAGGCUCCCACAGUGAUUGACAGGAUCGUCCGGAAACAUCACACGAUACUCCAGGGGCCACAGGAACUUGUUCAGUUGUUGCCUGGGAAUAAAGAGCUGGUCAUCCCGGGCACCGCCAACGUCUUCUAUGCCAUGAGCUCAGCUAGCCUGGAUUUCCUGGUCCGUCCGCAGCAUCUCCCCACCGUGGCCCAUCAGCAUGAGGCACGGCCCCAUCUGAAGGCACAAAUCCAUGCCACCUACCCCAAAAUGAAGACCAAAGCGGGAGACUUUGCAAAGUCCCUCUUCUAGAAUCUACAUGUAGGACUGACGCUACAUCAGGACGCUUCCUGUCAUGCUGGGGGCUUGUUCUUCUUAGUCCACAAGCCCCUGGACACGACACUUUCCUUGCUCUGCACUGACACGGUGAGGAGACUGCACCUUCUUUUAUCGCACUGUUACAGCAUCAAGAACAUUCUAUGGCUGACGU